AUGAGCAGUGAGGUCUGUCAAUACCGAAUGACCAGCYAGCCACGUGGUCAUUGCUUAAUCAUCAACAAUGUGAACUUUAAUYAAAUGAAGGAAAGACAGGGAUCAGACAAAGAUGAGGAGGUCCUGAAGGAUGUYUUCCAGUGGCUCGGAUUUGAGGUGACUGUACUCCUAGACCAGACAGCAGUGCAGGCCCGCGAGGGAUUGAAGAGUUUUGGUAACGAGACGCAUGGCGACGCCUUUGUCUGCUGCGUACUGAGUCAUGGUGGCAAAGGAGUUAUCUAUGGCACAGACGACGAACCCAUCUCCAUCAAUGACCUCUUUUCACCCUUCAAAGGCACCAACUGCUCCACCCUCAUUGGCAAGCCCAAGGCCUUCUUCAUCCAGGCAUGUAGGGGGAAAGAUACCCAAGCUAGAGUGCAGUUGGAGGCAGACACAAAUCCAGGUCACCAGAUCUACAUUCCAGCUGAUGCUGAUUUCCUGUUUGCCAUGGCCACUGUUGAAGACUACUUCUCGUUCAGAGACCCAACCAGUGGGUCCUGGUUCAUCCAGACUCUGUGCAAACAGCUCAAACAGGGCUGUCCCAGAGGUGAUGACAUCCUGACCAUCCUAACACAGGUCAAUAGAGACGUGAGCCAGAAGGAUGACCGAUACUGGGAUGAGGCGGCCGGGGUAUACAAGCAGGCCAAGCAGAUGCCCGAGCCCAAGUACACGCUGACAAAGAGGCUGGUGUUCACAGUGCCGACCCAAUGAGACGACGCCAGAGACAGAAGAGAAAGUGAGACAUCUCACGGGCCAUUUUUUUUAUGGUAGGCUAAGGCAAGCAGACAGUUCUUAUUGGGCAGUUUCCCAUUGAAAAAAAUCCUGUCUAUGUAAAUUGGCGUUCCCUCUCACGUGAGCAUGCCAGAGAUUACCUAAGAACUGUUAGCUCACGCGGGAAAGCAUGCGCACACGAGUGCUUGACCUUGACCAUUUUUUCCCCAAUGGUAAACAGCCUUUAUUAGACAUCUUCAUUAAACACCAUCUUUGACGAUGCGCUAUGACCCAACAGCCUCAAGACCCAGAGGUCACAUCCUGUUGUCGUGGUUACUGUGGUGUUUUAUGUUUGUUCUGAGCUGAUCUGCUGCUUGGUGUUGAAAUGAAAUGUUUUAUGCCUUGUAAUAUUUUUUCCUUUUAUAGUGGGGAGUUUAGGUAGUUUCGUGCUCGUGGGAAUGAUGCGUUCACGUGCUAGUCGGAAAUGGGAAAAUCUGAAAUUUCCAACUUGCAAACUGGUGGUGAGCUAGCUAACAUAACUAAUAAUAAAGUCAACUAGCUUGCUUAACAUUGACAUAUGGUCAAACUGGCUACAUUCUCCAUCUUGGUACGGUUGUAAUUGUCCAAAACAGAUUUGUCAUCUUCUGGUUCAAAAGGUAAAAAGUCAGUGGUGAUACAUCAAUUUGGCAACAAGAUUUUCUGAGUUUGCCACUUGGAGGGUUGGUUAAAUGAAAUWUCCCACUGGGAACUAGGAGCUUCCGAUAGCACGUGAACGCAAAUCCAGCAGAUAUACCAAAAGUCCAGUGGCAUUGCUGCAUCUCAAUCAAGUAAACUAGGCUAGAUUAAACCAAACUAUUAAUGUAUUUGAUAUGUGAAGAGUUCAGAAUCACCAUUCUUUGUAAACAAGUGGAUUCUCAUAGCAAGAACAAAGUAAUUGAUAAACACAUUGCUUAAGCUUGACUUUAUUGCAUGUUGUGAUUUAAUCUUCUUUCCUUAUUUGGGUUAUUUUUACAAUCAUGUUCUUACCUGCCUUUCACCUUAACAUAUUUUAUACCUGAAAAUAAAUAUCUUAAUCA